AUCUCUUGUGCCUAUUUCAAUUUGCAUAAGAUUACUUUCUGUUGAGUACUCCAAAGACAGUUUCUUCUUUUGUUCAAUGGCUUUUCUUCUGCAGCUUGUGGUGGGAAUUAUGGGAAAUAUAACUUCACUGGCACUUUUCCUGUCACCUAUGACAACAUUCUGGCGGAUAUACAAGCUUAAGUCUACCCAAGAAUAUUCAGGUCUUCUAUAUGUUUGUACCUUAUUCAACUGUUGUCUUUGGCUACUUUACGGAGCCCCAUUUGUUAAACCCCACAGCACUUUGCUGCUCACGAUCAAUGGUGCUGGCUUUGCCUUUGAGAUAUUUUAUCUGCUGUCCUUUCUGACAUUUGCCCCCAAGCAGGAGAAGAUAAGAACAGUGCGGUUAGCCAUUGCAAUGAUGUUUGCUUUUGUCAUAGUGGUUGUAGUUACUAUUUAUGUGCUGCACACAUACAAUGUGAGACAGUUACUGGUUGGCACUUUAGGUGUGAUCCUUUCCAUUGUUAUGUAUGCCUCACCAUUAUCUGUCGUGGGAGGUGUUAUCAAAACCAAAAGUGUUAAGUACAUGCCAUUUUUGGUAUCCCUAUUCAGCACUCUAAAUGCACUUGUCUGGUCUGUAUACUCUGUAAUAGCCAAGGAUAUCUUUAUAGCUGUGCCCAAUGGCAUUGGUUUCCUCCUAGGAAUAGCUCAGCUCGUUGUUUACUUCAUUUACAGAAGCCCAGAGCCUGUUUUACCUGUAUCCACUGAACUUCAUAAACUCCCUGAAAUCAAAAAGAUAGAUGACAUAUUUGAUCUGCGUAUCGGUGAAGCGGAGGUGGAAGCCACAAAUGUUGUCAAAGUGGCUGCAGUGAAUCAAGUUUGAUUUUAUUCUCAUUGAUCAGUGACUAACAAGGUCUAUACGGCCUCCUCAGACAAUAACACUCUGUUCAACUGCCUGAGAAUCAGCAUUAGCAGAUAAAGACGAGGAACAUGGCAAAAUAUUAAAUGAACCAGUACCUAUCGGAGAGGGAAAAUAUAGAGAGAGUUUAGCCCUUGGUGGGCUUGAAUUAUAAUCUUUUAGUUCCUAUUUUAAAAAUUAUAACUAUUUCCUUGGGAAUGCAAUUCAAUAUAUUCUUUGAAGUA